AUGCAAAACAACAUCUUGCAUGGCAACCAGAUCCGAAUGAUUGCUGCAGGACUAUAUGCAAAGGAGGAUAUUGUGAUGGUGAGAUUUGUUGGUGCCAUGGUAAACCACCAGGUGGUGGCAUCGGUGCUUCUAAACAUCAUUGUGUUCCAGGACAUAAAGGUUGUGAUGGUGCAAGACUUCUUCCACCUGCACCAUUGAGAAUUUAAAUGAUAAAAAUGUAUCUUAUUAUAAGUAAUUUCCCUAAAUAAAAUAACA